AUGGAGAAUUCUUCCCGUAACUUUUCUUCCUUCAAAAGAUAUCAGCCUCAAAAUAAUCUGGACUCAACCGGAGAUAAGGAAAAAAGUACAGGAUCAAAGGAAGCUAGCCACAACAACCAAGAAGCUGGUAGCUCUAGUAACAAAUAUAAUAACAAUCAGCAGAAUAAAGCACCUGUACAGAGGCAGGGUAACCCUUAUGCAAGACCAACCAUUGACAGGUGUUUCCAUUGUCAAGGACAUGGUCACAGAUCGAGCGUUUGCCCAAGCAGAAAAACUGUAGCUUUUCUAGGAGAAGAAGAGGAACAUGACGAAGAGGAUGAGUAUGAAGGGGUAGAGUUCGCUGAAGAAGAGUCCACUGAGGUAGUGAGUUUGGUGCUUCAAAGGGUCCUACUAUCAUCUAAGGAAGAGGGGCAACGAAAGAAUUUGUUCCAAACACGUUGUACGGUUGGUGACAAACUGUGUAACUUGAUUGUGGAUAAUGGCAGCACAGAAAAGUUAGUUUCUCAGAAACUAGUUGAUUAUUUGAAGUUACCUACAAAACCACAUGAAAAACCAUAUGCCCUGGGGUGGGUGAGGAAAGGUUCUCAAGUUCGAGUAACGAUGGCUUGUAGAGUUCCAAUCUCCAUUAGGAAACAUUAUAAAGAAGAAGUACUUUGUGAUGUUCUUGAUAUGGAUGUUUGUCACGUCCUAUUUGGUCGCCCUUGGCAGUAUGAUAAUGACAUUACAUACCGAGGAAGGGAUAACGUGUUAUUGUUUACAUGGAACGGGUACAAGAUUGCUAUGGCUCCUGUUAAGAAUUCAGAUCAGAUUACAAAGAAAAAGAAUUCCAAUUUCUUGGCUAUGGCAUAUAGUGAGAAGGAACUCGAUGAGGCAAUCAAAGAAAUAGGGUGUUUCUAUCCAGUGGUGAUUAAAGGCCUUAUGAGUGUUGUAAAUGAGGAAACGACAACACCAAACGAAGUACUAGAGAUCCUGAAAAAUUUCGAGGAUUUAAUCGCAGAUGAGCUGCCACAUGAGUUACCUCCCAUGCGUGAUCUUAUUCCGGGGUCAAGCUUACCAAACCUUCCCCAUUAUCGCAUGAGUCCUAAAGAAAAUGAGAUCAUGAGGGAACAAAUUGAGGACUUGUUAAGGAAAUGA